AUGGUGAGCGAGAACUACACGCAGUUCCUGCUGGACGGGACGAACAGGUUCAACCUGUCCACGUUCAGCACGUUUGCCGGCCAGAAUAUGUCCCACGAGGAGGAACUCCAGACGGAAAUGAUCGUGUCCACCAUUGUGGCGAUCUUUUUCGGCUUCAUCGGCAUUACCGGACUGCUCGGGAAUGCGCUGGUCGUGCUCGUUGUCCUAUCGAAUCCCCAGAUGCGCUCGACGACGAACCUGCUCAUCAUCAACCUUGCCAUUGCGGAUCUGCUGUUUGUGGUGUUCUGCAUUCCGUUCACUGCCACCGACUACGUGCUCGCCUCCUGGCCGUUCGGGGAACUCUGGUGCAAAAGCGUCCAGUAUCUGAUCGUGGUGACGGCACACGCGAGCAUCUACACGCUCGUGCUGAUGUCACUGGACCGGUUUCUGGCGGUCGUACAUCCGAUUGCGAGCAUGGUCAUACGGACGGAGAAAAACACCGUGCUCGCAAUAACGAUCCUCUGGGUGUUGAUCAUCACCACGGGACUACCCGUAUCCUUCGCACAUGGAAUUAAUAAAUUCAAAUACCUUGACCGGGAGAUAGAGACGUGCGGGUUCAUCGAAAAGGAUAGCCCCUCCUGGGCCGCCUUCCAUAUCGCGUUCUUCCUUAGCUCGUACGUGGUGCCGCUAAUACUGAUCAGCGUCCUGUACAUGUGGAUGCUUUCACGGUUAUGGCGAAGUUCGGUCGGUGGCCGGUCGGCAGAAUCGAAAAAGGGCAAAAAGCGCGUAACUCGGCUGGUGGUGAUCGUGGUAGCGGCAUUCGCUUCAUUAUGGUUUCCCAUACAGGUCAUUCUGGUGCUGAAAAGUGUGGACGUAUUCGUGCCGGAUACACAUUUUAAAAUUUCACUACAAAUCGUAUCACACGUCCUGGCCUAUACGAGCUCCUGCAUAAACCCGCUCCUGUACGCGUUCCUGUCGGAAAACUUUCGGAAAGCAUUCCGUAAGAUCGUGUAUUGUGGUCCGGGAAGCCGCCGCCAGGGAAGCCAGAGACAUAUGCCACUGCCAACGAAAACGACACGAACCGGCAGUUGUCCAGACAUUUUAUAA